AUGGGCCACCAUGGGUCACCAUGGGCCACCAUGGGUCACCAUGGAUCACCAUGGGCCACCAUGGGCCAUAAUGGGUCACCAUGGGCCACCAUGGGCAACAAUGGGUCACCAUGGGCCACCAUGGGUCACCAUGGGCCACCAUGGGUCACCAUGGGCCACCAUGGGCCACCAUGGGCCACCAUGGGCCACCUUGGGCCACCAUGGGCCACCUUGGGCCACCAUGGGCCACCAUGGGUCACCAUGGGCCACCAUGGGCCACCAUGGGUCACCAUGGGUCACCAUGGGCCACCAUGGGUCACCAUGGGCCACCAUGGGCCACCUUGGGCCACCAUGGGCCACCUUGGGCCACCAUGGGCCACCAUGGGCCACCAUGGGUCACCAUGGGCCACCAUGGGCCACCAUGGGUCACCAUGGGCCACCAUGGGUCACCAUGGGCCACCAUGGGUCACCAUGGGCCACAAUGGGUCACCAUGGGUCACCAUGGGUCACAAUGGGCCACCAUGGGCCACCAUGGGCCACCAUGGGCCACCAUGGGUCACCAUGGGUCACCAUGGGUCACCAUGGGUCACCAUGGGUCACCAUGGGCCACCAUGGGUCACCAUGGGCCACCAUGGGUCACCAUGGGUCACCAUGGGCCACAAUGGGUCACCAUGGGCCACCAUGGGCCACCAUGGGUCACCAUGGGCCACAAUGGGCCACCAUGGGCCACCAUGGGCCACCAUGGGUCACCAUGGGUCACCAUGGGCCACCAAGCCGAUCCCGGGAAUGGCAACUAAAGACGUUCGGAAUGCGGAUACAAAUGCAAACAAGGCAAUUAAGGCCGCCUGA